AUGUCGUCAUUACGGCAAAGAUCGCGCCCACGUCGUAGAAAGACAAGAAAACGUGAUAAUGACACUACAGAUCUUGAUUUUGAGGGGAACACCCAAGAUCCAGAUGCCCAUUCGAUCAUCACACCCUCAAAACACACCCCGAGACCCUUCAGAGUAUUGCGGGGCUCAGUGUCGGCUGGGGGUCCACUACGUCCAUUUCGCCUCAUAAAGCAAGAUCUUGUCAAUCUUCGGCGGAGAUAUGUGACAGACUGGACUGUGUUUAAUCAACUUAUCUUCGCCAGCGCAGUCUAUGUCUUUUUCACGAAUCUUCUGCCCGGCAUCACGUUCGCUAGUGAUUUGUACGUGCUGACGGGUAAGAGCUGGGGCACGAUUGAGGUUGUGUUCAGCACUGGGCUCUGUGGCAUAAUUUUCUCCCUGUUCUCGAUUCAACCCCUCACUAUCCUCGGGGUGACAGGACCAUUCUCCGUCUUGGCAGAGAAUAUAUAUUCAUUAUGCAUUGAAGUGUUUGAGGUCCCUUUCCUGCCAUUUAUGGCUUGGUCGUUGAUCCAUUCUGCAUGGCUACACUACCUUCUGGCUAUCGUCAAUGCACACGACUGGACCAUGCGCUAUGUGACGACGUUUGCAACAGAGAUAUUUUCUCUGCUCAAUAGUGUCAUUUAUUUUCACAAGGCUAUUCAGGAACUUGAAAGAGCGCAUUCAACUCUGUCCUUCGCGGCAUUUCUCUAUGCCGUUAUAGGGGCAGUUGGUACUAUGCUCCUUGCCAUAUUUCUUUCCACAGCUGAAAGCUGGCGUCCGCUCUUCCAUCGGUAUAUUCGCCUUGGAUUGGCAGAAUAUGCAGCAGCAAUUUCGAUUAUCAUCUUCAUCGGUCUCCCCCAUGUUGGUGAUCUAGCCAACCUAGACAAGAUGACUCUGGCCGUCAGCAAAUCAUUUCGGCCAACGUCUCCUGACCGAGAGAUAUUCUUCGUGGAAUUUUGGAAGUUACCAAUUGGAUGGAUCUUUGCGGCUGUGAUCCCAGGUCUAAUAAUCACUAUCCUCUUCUUCUUCGACCAUGAAGUUAGUUCCAUCAUUUGCACCAUUGACCGGUAUGGAACACGCAAACCCGGGGGAUUUGCCUGGGACAUUGUUCUGCUCGGAACUACCACGGCUCUUUGCGGUAUUCUAGGUAUACCACCCUCCAACGGUCUCCUACCACAGGCGCCUUUGCACUCGGAGUCCCUCAUGCACACAGAGAAAGAAGAUAUCAGUGUUAUUGUCGACGGCGAAGAAAAGAUCGAGAAGCGUGACGUGCGUCGUGUAUACGAGCAACGCUGGUCAGCUUUUCUCCAUUCCGGUGCAAUAAUGCUAUUUGUCAGUCCGCCGUUUAUGACGGUGCUUGGCUUGACGCCGACCAGCGUCCUUGCGGGACUGUUUCUCUUUAUGGGCGAGCAAAGCCUAUCUGUCAACCCUAUUCUGUAUCGCACAUUAUAUCUUCUUACUCCACCAUCUGAGCUACCAGUUUUACCCAACUCCAUGCGCAAAACUACCGAACUUCCAGGUAUCACUGAAGAAACCCCGCCACAAAACCCCUCCUAUAUUCCAGUCCACCUCUACACGUCAUUGCAGAUCGUUAUUACUGUAGUCAUCUUUAUUCUCACACUAACGCGCGGCGCCCCGGCAUUUCCUGUGCUAAUUAUCGCCCUCGUGCCAUUCCGGCUUAUGGUAAUGAAGCGAUGGUGGCCACGCGAGGUUCUACGAUUCGUUGACGCAUGGGCUUGUCGAGAAGGGACCCCAGAAGAUGACGAAGAUGCCAAGAUGUCAACAGCCCCAUGGAGUUCUAGUACUGAUGCUGUUGCAAGUGGAGGGAUUUUCCAACAAGAUUUAGAUUUGAAUUCAGGGGCGAGGGAUCUUUCUUCGGCUGUAGAGUGCAGUGCUACCCUUAAUGAGAUUCGUGGUUCUGGAAUGGACGUCAAAGAUCGGGGUCAUUGGGGGAUAACUGAUGAUACAAAUCAUGAAUGGAUGGAGCUAGAGCCUCGAGAUCUUCCUGAUGAGGAACAGGGCCAUGAAAAAUAG